GUAAAACUUGCUCACAUGACCGAGUAAGAGUUCUCGUUGGUUCACACGACGGAAACCGUCAAAAACGCCCCCUAAACUUAUGGCAGUACAGUUACGCUGCGUUGUUGUUAUUAGCACCACUGUAAUUCUACUAGAAUUGGUUUCGGGAAAUAGCCAUGGAGGUUAAGUUAAAGAAAGAGUUGGGGACAGCCAUGCUGAAGUCAACUGGUCAUUCGGGAGGUGGAUGUAUCAGCGAUGGCCAGAGUUAUGAUACUGACUCUGGGAGAGUGUUUGUGAAGAUAAAUCACAAGAGCGAGGCCAAAUUGAUGUUUGAUGGGGAGAUGGCCAGUUUGGAAGCCAUUUUAAAGACACAAACUGUUAAAGUCCCCAAGCCUGUGAAGGUGAUUGAGCUUGACACAGGAGGAUGUGUAUUUGUGAUGGAACAUCUCGACAUGAGAGGUCUUAGCAAGUACUCAAAGCACCUAGGAGAGCAGCUGGCAGAUCUGCAUGUUCACAACAAGAGACAUUUGGAAAAAUUAAAUAAAGAGCAGCAGACAGUGGGAAAAGGAGCUGGGCAGUCAGAGGUGGCUGUUGUUGAAAAAUUUGGCUUCAGUGUAACUACAUGCUGUGGAUAUCUACCACAGGAAAAUGAGUGGCAGGAUGACUGGGUGACAUUUUACUCCCAGCAGAGGCUGCAGCACCAGCUUAACAUGCUGGAGAAAUCUAACGGAGACAGGGAGGCCAGAGAACUAUGGGCCGAGCUACAGCUGAAGAUCCCUCAGUUUUUCACAGAUGUGAAGAUUGUCCCUGCUCUCCUCCAUGGAGACUUAUGGGGGGGCAAUGUGUCAGAGUGUGUAGAAGGCCCAGUCAUCUUUGACCCAGCAUCCUUCUAUGGUCAUUCAGAGUUUGAGCUGGGCAUUGCAGGGAUGUUUGGUGGCUUCAACAGCUCUUUUUACUCUGCUUACCAUGAAAAGAUUCCUCAAGCACCAGGCUUUGCAAAGAGAAACCAGCUUUACCAACUCUUCCACUAUCUGAAUCACUGGAACCACUUUGGUGGUGGCUACAGGGGCUCCUCAAUAAGGAUUAUGAAGAACCUACUGAAAUAAUUGCACUCACAUUCACUUGUAGAAAGCUUCACAGUCUUAAACUCAAGCCAAGUAUUAUGUAUAUAUUGACAGAUACUAAUUGUUGAAGAGACUAAACAUAGCAUUCUAGCAUUGUAAUGUCUGUUAUAUUGUGUAGAAGAUACAGAAUCAACAUAAUAAAAUACUUCAGCCAUGCCUGCUCCACCUAUUCUAACCUGCUUCCAAAAUAUGAAAAACAGAAUCCAUAUCUUUCAGUUACUAUCUUAAAUUGUGUGUUUGAACUAGAAUAUAUACUGUAUUAGUAAUUUUAAAUUCUGUAUUUUCUACAAUGACUUGUGUGUAGCAAACAUAAACCUUAACAUGCAAUACUGUUUAAAAAGGAAGGGCUUACCAAACACCCAAAAAACUCAGCUCUGGACUAACUUAAAACUUCUUGCUUUUUAUCUAAAAAUUUUUUUUUGUGAGUGGAAGAGCAAGCAAUGCAUUUUGGGCAUUCUUCAUCAGGGUCGCUUGUCAAUUCAGAGAACAAAUACCAGAAGUUUUAAAUUGGUCCGAAGCUGAGUUUUUUGGUGUGCUGCAAACCCUUUCUUAAUUUUUUAAUUCUUUUUCAUUGCCUGCAUUUGACCACCACCCGACUGAAUUAUACUGCUGUGCAAAGGACGUCUGAUUUUCCCAGUAAAUGCAAUGCUGUAUACUUUAUACACAUCAUAAUAGCCUGACUGUUGAUGUCAUGCAGACUGACACUGCAUACACCUACAAACUGUCGUAUAGUAAUGAAUCCUUGCAGUAUUUGCUAUCCACUGCUUAAACAACAAUAAAUCCUGGGAUGAUCCAAAGUGUUACCUUA